CGCGCGCGCCAAAUGAAAUACACCGGAAGACAAGCAAUUUCAACAAUUCCCGCCAUAUCCUCCUCUUCUUCUUCCCCUUAAACCCUCAAAAAUGCAACCCGAAUUGCGACCCGAAUUCUCCAUUUCCUCUUCACUCCCCAAACCCGAAUCCUCAAAAUGGAUCUCUCCGACCUCGCCCGUAAACUCAACCUCUCCGAGACCAAACACAUAGUCCGCAAAGCCGCUGAGCUACGUAGACUUGCCGAUGUGCAAUUCGAUUCCUCCGUCAUCGGCGUUGGGGAGAUAUGCAAGGCGAUAAUUUGCUUAGAGAUUGCUGCUUCUAGGAUGGAUGUGGUGUUUGAUCGCCAGGCAGCAAUAAAAUUGAGUGGGAUGUCGGAGAAGGCUUACAGCAGAUCAUUCACUUCAAUGCAAAAUGGUAUUGGAGUGAAAAACAAGCUUGAUAUCAGAGAAUUGGCAAUUCAAUUUGGGUGUAUCAGGCUCAUUCCUUUUGUUCAAAAAGGUUUAUCAUUAUACAAGGACCGGUUUCGUUCAUCCUUGCCACCUUCUAGAAAGGCAAGUGCUGAUUUCAGUAGACCUGUGUUCACUGCUGCUGCGUUCUAUUUGUGUGCAAAAAGGCAUAAGCUCAAGGUUGAUAAAAUGAAGUUAAUUGAAGUUUGUGGCACAUCAGAAUCUGAAUUUGCUAAUGUGUCUACCUCAAUGAAUGAUCUUUGUUUUGAUGUUUUUGGCACAUCAAAGGAGAAAAAAGAUCCCAAGACAGUGAAGGGGAACCGAGAGCUGCUAGAUGCAUUACCUGAAAAAAGGAGAGCUGAAGAUGGUGGCUAUUCAUCUGAGGAUGAUAAUUCAUCUGCUUGCAAGAAGCGCAAACGUAUGGAUGAACAAGCUUAUCAGGAAUGGAAAUCUUCUGUCCUUGCAUCAAAAAAUCAAGGCAGCCCAAAAGCUCCUAAACAAACCAAACAAGCUCGGCUGGAUUUCAUGAAGAAGGUUCCUGAAACUAAAGUGCAAGCAACAUAAUCCUCAACUGUCCUUUUCAGUUAGACAAAUUUUAGUUGAUUUUUUCAAUACAAUGGAGAACAUGAUUAGGAAGAAACUUCCAUUUGGUUUCUUAAUGUCAUAGUUUACCAGAAAACAAAAAAAGGAAAGAGAGUGGUAAGCCACUAAAUGAAUGUCCAACUUUGGAUUAAUCUUCUAUUCAACAACAAAGUUUCUCUGUAUAGAUAUAAGAUUAUUCUUGUUAAAUUAUCACAUCACAUGCUUAUGAUAGCUCAAUUAUUCUG